UCCCACUAUAUGAAAUGUCAAACAUGACGCUCUGCGCUUUAUAACAAAUUUUUGCAAAUUCCACAAAUUGAAUGCUACAAAAUGAAUAUUAUAGAAUUGAGCGAUAUUAAAAUUAAGCCGGACGUGUUUUAUGAAUAUAAUGCAAGUAUUAAAGAUGAGGAAAUUCCACUAGUUAUCGAUAAUGGUUCCUACAAAUGCCGAGUUGGUUGGAGCACUUGUGACAAACCAUUGCUUGAAUUUCGAAAUUUAAUUGCAAAACCACGCAAAGAUCGAAAAAAGGAUUUAACUGAGCUACCCGCAGGACCUGAGUUUCAAAUUGGUAACGACAUUACGAAUAUAGAAGCUGUGCGUAUGCAAUUGAAAACACAAUUUGAUCGAAAUGUUGUAACUCAUUUUCACAAUCAGCAACAAUUAUUCGAUUAUACUUUUGAGCAUUUAAACAUAGAGCAAGAUGGGUGUGUACCACACCCAAUAGUUUUAACCGAAGCUAUAGGUAAUCCAAAUCAUAGCAGAAAACUAAUGAGUGAAUUGCUCUUUGAGUGUUAUAAUGUACCUGCUGUGAGUUAUGGCAUUGAUUCACUUUUUAGUUUGCAUCAUAACAGCUUACAUGAAGAUGCAUUGAUUUUAUCUUUUGGUUACUUCACCACACAUGUCAUUCCUGUACUGAAUGGAAAGCUGCAGGCGGCCAAAGCUCGACGGCUUAACAUUGGUGGUUAUCAUAUAAUAACUUAUCUCUAUCGACUAAUGCAAAUGAAAUAUCCAGUGCAUCUUAACGCUAUUACUAUAAGUCGUAUGGAAACUUUAAUACACAAGCACAGUUCUAUAGCGGUUGAUUAUCAAGAUGAUUUACGUCAAUGGUCUCAGGCAGAUUUCUAUACAGCUAAUGUGAAGAAGAUACAGUUGCCUUAUACCGUAGCCCAACCUGCUACUACACUAACAGUCGAACAAAAAAAUGAAAAGCGUCGGGAACUUGGAAAACGUCUUAUUGAGUUAAAUGCACGUCGUAAUAGAGAAAAGCUUGUGGAAGAUGAAGAACAAUUUAUGAUAAUGUCAGAUAUACGUGCAUUGCAUGAGACUGGCGAAAAAGAUAAAUUUCAAGCGGCAUUGAAGGAUAAUGAACUUGCAAAUCUGCAGGAAUUAGAUAAACUUAUGACUACAGUCAGUGCUCGAAUUGAACGCACUAAACAAAGAUUAGCAACACCUACAGAUAAUACAACUCAAGUUACUAAAGAGAAGACAGUUAAUAUAGCCAAGCCACCACCAGAAAUACCACUCGAUGAGUGGUUAACAGAUUUGAAAGCACAAAGAGAAGAAUUGUUGAAACGUAAACAUGGGCGAAAGAUGCGUCGACAAGACUUGGCCAAGCGACAUACUUUAGCUGCACAGGAACGUAUGCGUAUAAUAUCUCAACUGGCACGUAAUGAAAAAGGUGCUGAUGAGUUUGGUAUGGAUGACAAAGACUGGGAUGUGUACAAAGUAAUAAGUCGUAAUGAUGACGAUAGCGAUAGUGAAGUCGAAAAUGAGAAGUUGAAUGAGUUUGAAAAUAUUCUGCGGCAUUACGAUACAAAUUUUGAUGAUUCAACCUCUGGCACAAAUGUUGAGAUAACAGCAGAAAAUUAUCAAUUACACGUCGGAGUUGAAUCUUUGCGUGCACCAGAAUUGCUUUUUCAGCCUAGUAUGAUUGGAAGCUCUGAAGCAGGUAUAGCUGAAUUGAUUGACUAUGUGCUCAAACUUUUUACCCCUGCCGAGCAAUUGAGAUUGGCCAAUAAUGUUUUUAUGACUGGUGGUUGUGCACAAUUUCCGGGACUUAAGCAACGAUUAUCAAAAGAACUGCUAGAAAUGCGUCCAUUUCAAACAACACAUAAUAUUAUUGAAGCACAAAUACCAGAUCUCGAUGCUUGGCUUGGUGCAAGAGAUUUUGCUAGAUCAGAAAAUUUUAAGAACACAAUAACAACUAGAAGUGAUUAUGAAGAAAAUGGCUCUGAAUAUUUUAGAAUACACAAUAAUAGUAAUCUGUUUUUCUCAACACCACAGCAAAUUAUUCAAUAAACUAAGAAAUAUUUUGCAUCGAAAUGAUAUUG